AUGGACAUCCAUCGAUCUCGCUUCGUGCCCUACCCGCCAUCUGCGAUCAACGCGCUCGCCUUCUCGCACCCGGAAGCUGAACAUGGACAGCAGGAUCCUGUUUCUCUGAGACUGGCGAUUGGACGCGCAAACGGAAAUAUCGAGAUAUGGAACCCUGCAAGAGGCUCCUGGCUCCAAGAGAAGGUCUUCUAUGGCGGCAAAGACAGGAGUGUUGAAGGCCUGGCAUGGACCCAAGAGCCAGAUACGCGCGAUGCGCAUGGAAAGGUGGUGCCUGGCCGCCUGCGUCUCUUCAGCAUCGGGUACUCAAGCAGCGUCACAGAGUGGGAUCUCACUACAGGCCUUCCGGCGCGCCAUUCGAACGGUAACCACAGCGAGGUCUGGUGCUUUGCUGCACAGCCAAGGAAGAGCGCGGCCAAGGGUGCUUCGAACGAGCAGAGCGGUUCGUGCCAGAAGCUUGUGGCAGGCUGUGCUGACGGCACAAUUGUUCUUCUAUCUACCGACGAUAACGAUCUCACCUUCGAGCGCUUCGUCUCCCGCGCGACGAAUAAGAAGGCGCGUGCCUUGAGCAUCACAUACAAGGACCAGCAUACAGUACUGGCUGGUUUCGCGGACAGCAUGAUCCGGGUCUUUGACACAAGGAGUGGAAAUGUGAUUCGGAACAUCUCUCUGGGAAGUGGCCCCCAUGGCGGGCCAAAGGAAAUCCUAGUAUGGAAGGUCAAAUGUCUGUCAAACGGCGACUUCGUGUCGGGAGACUCUACUGGUGACAUCCGAAUCUACAGCGGCAAGAACUACAGUCAAACUCAGAGGAUCUCUGGACACGAAGCCGACGUGCUCGAUCUCGCCGUUACCCGCGAUGGAACCAGCAUCUUCAGUGCAGGCAUGGACCGCCGCACCUGUUUCUACACAAGCAAGAAGGGUCAGGCUCAAGGACAGAGCGGAAAAUGGCGAAAGGUAUCACACCAGAGGCACCACGAGCACGAUGUCAAGGCCAUGACAACCUACGAGGGCAACAAGCUGAGCGUGGUGGUCACAGGAGGUAUCGACACCCAGCCCAUCGUCGUUCCAAUCCGCACAUUUGGCAAGGAGCUUAGUCGAGGUCUUCCAGCAUUGCCCCCUACACCCCCGUUAACGAGCGCCCCGGAUGCAAGAUUACUAGUCAGCUGGUGGAGCACCGAAGUGCGGAUAUGGCGCGUCAAGCCUCAAGAUGAUGGUACGGAGAAGCCCAAGGUGGUUGCACGCCUUGCUCUGCAGGGAGAGGAGAACAUUAUCUCUGUGUCUAUCUCCAGAGAUGGUGGACUUCUCGCCGUGGCGACAGCCAGCACGGUGAAGCUGUUCCACCUAUUGCAGCACGCAGGAGCCGUGCGUGUACGCAGGCUAGAGAUGCCUUCUAUCUCUGGCGCAAAGACUCUCAAGUUGUCAUCCAACGGCAAAUGGCUCGCAGCGGUCAUGGCGACAGACGAAAUUCAGCUGGUCCGAAUUGUGCGAACAGACGAUCCCGCAGAUGCACCUCGCGCGCUUGAGAAAGUACAGCCCCUCUACCGACUUGAUCGCGACAUGUCUACACAGAGUCCUCUCAGCGGGCCCUCGGGGGCUUACGAACGAUCCAUUGCACAUGCCGACUUCUCCAAGGACGGUAACGUCUUCGCUGUCGUUGACUUGGCUGGCUACGUCGAUACAUGGGUGAUGGAAGGGAACGAAGACACAACUGCACCAGAGAUUGACAUUGACGACACUACACCUGCUGCCAAUGACGAUGAUGACUCCGAUGACGAGGAAGAAUCACGGGAACAAAUAACCUACCUGGGUCAGCAUUGGAUACGGAACCCAUCUGGUCAUUUGCUUCCCCGACUCGAUUCAACGCCUGUCUUGCUCUCCUUCCAGCCCAGCUCUGACGCCUCCAACCGACCAGAGCCGAAUGGCAAUCCUGCGGUGCACCCAACCAGACACAACCCUCAUCCCCACUCGCACGAGCUGCCUACAGCAGACUACCGACUUCUGCUGGUCUCUGCCGAGCACCAGCUCUACCUCUUUGACGUCAUGUCCGGCCGGCUAUCAGAAUGGUCAAGACGAAAUCCACCCUCCAGCUAUCCCCACGAGUACAAACAAGUCGACCUACCCGCAAAGGGCUGCAUCUGGGACGUAACAGAAUCCCAACAACGGCUAUGGCUGUAUGGUGAGAAGUGGCUGUUCAUGUUCGACCUGACCAAAGACUUCACAAUCUCAGAUACCGACCACGCAGGCAAGAAGCGGAAGCGCGACGCUCUCAAGAACAACAGCGGUGCCGGUGACGCAGUUCCUCAGAAGGAAGCACCCGUCACCAAGAUGCGCAAGUUCCAGAGCGACGACGCAGACAAAGCUGGAAGACAGAAGUGGAUGGACGUCAACGCCAUACGUCGCAAGCCCGAUGCCGAAGACGACGAUGAUGUGGAGAACACCAGCCAACCCCUCACCAUCCUACGGAGAGCAAACACCCAGGAAGGGGCUGAGCAAACAAACGGCGAGACAGGAGAGGAACUAAUGAAUGGUGGAGGAGAAGUCGGAGCAGUCGAGCAAAGCAAGCGGAAUGAGCCGUGGUGGCACACAUUCAAGUACCGUCCCAUACUCGGCAUUGUUCCCAUCAGCGGUGAUGAUAGCUUCCACGCGCCCGAGGUGGUGCUUGUGGAACGGCCGAGUUGGGAUUUGGAUCUUCCUCCGAGGUUUGUGGGUACGCAUGAGCAGUAA